GCACCUAGUCGCUUCUCUCCACCAGCUACGAUGAGCGAGCGCCUCUGCCCCAGGAAAAGGAGAAGGAACGGCAAUGAAGAAGAUAAUCAUCUACCCUCCCAGAGCAAAAGAAGCAGUAGAAACCCCCUCUUUCAGGAUUCCUGGGACUCAGAGUCUUCGAGCAGUGACAGUGGCGGGAGCAGCAGCACCAGCAUCCAUAGCCCAGACCGGGCCAGUGAGCCAGAGAGUGGCUUAAGCCAGGUCAUGCCAGGAUCCAGCCCCAACACCCCUCAGCCCAUGCUUGAGGAGUCUGCACUGUGCCAAGGCCCUUACUUCCACAUCAACCAGACCCUGAAGGAGGCCCACUUUCACAGCCUACAGCACCGAGGACGGCCUCUGACAUGA